GUGGCACCGGGACGAUCACCAUCUCAUCGGAGCGAGUCAGGGAGAGAAGAGAAGAGAAGAGUGCGUGAGGUGCGGCGACGAAGAGAGAAAGAGAAGAGAUGGAGUCCAAGGCGGUGAGGUGCCUCUGCUUGCUCGCGAUGCUCCUGGUGGCCGGGCUCGGGGCGGCGAGCGGCGCCGGGGAGUGCGGCCGCGUCCCGGCGGACAGGAUGGCGCUGAAGCUGGCCCCGUGCGCGGCGGCCACCCAGAACCCGCGGUCCAAGGUGGCGCCGGGCUGCUGCGCGCAGAUACGCAGCAUCGGGCGCAGCCCCAAGUGCCUCUGCGCCGUCAUGCUGUCCAGCACCGCGCGCCAGGCCGGCGUCAACCCCGCCGUCGCCAUGACCAUCCCCAAGCGCUGCGCCAUCGCCAACCGCCCCGUCGGCUACAAAUGCGGCCCGUACACCCUCCCAUGAGGAGCACAUGUGGUGGAACUGGAAGAGGAAGAGGUGUCCAACUCACUCUUGGGAGUUGGGACUGUCCAACAUAUAUACCUGAUGCUAUCUUUGUCGUGUGGAACCUUUGCUUGAAUCUUUCAUGAAUAAAUAAUGUGUUGUAAUGCCUCUGUUGUUGGAAUAAUAAAGUUGUACCUUUCCAAA